AUGUCUGCUGAAGAACAACGUGCGGCUUCACUCCGAGAUGCCGAGAAAAAGGCUAUCGAGCUAUUCAACGAAAUCGAAAGAACUCUCAUCCGCCCUGGCAUCAGCGAGAAAGAGUUGAACAACGAAAUCCAUGCUCUUGGCGCUGAACGUCACGGUGUGAGGACUCACUGGCACAAGCGAGUGAUUCGCAGUGGACCCAACACCUUAAGGCCAUUCGAAGAUAACCCACCUGACCGAAUAAUUCAACAAGAUGACAUCCUCAUCGUCGACCUUGGGCCUGUCUUUGAAGAGUGGGAGGCUGAUUUUGGCCGCACUUUUGUUUUGGGAAAUGACCCGAAUAAGAUCAAGCUGCGCGACGCUCUGGAGCCAAUCUGGAAAGAUGUCAAAGCCAAGUACUGCGAGAACCCAGACAUGACGGGAGAGGAACUCUACAAUAUUGCCAAGGAGGCUGCUGAGAAGGAGGGCUUUGAGUUUGGUGCGCCGAUUGCGGGUCAUCUUGUUGGGUCUUUUCCGCAUGAACGCAUUCCUAAAGACAAGAUCUCGCUUUACAUUGCUGAACGGAAUAGCAAUUCUAUGGACAUGGUUGGGAAGGAUGGGAAUAAGAGGCAUUGGAUUCUAGAGAUCCAUUUGCAUAAUAAGCAGCUUGGAUUUGGUGGGUUCUACGAGCAGUUGUUAACAGCUUCAGGUCCAGUUUUAUAG